ACGGGCUUGAGCCGCCAUUUUGACUGAGCAACCAUAGUGACAGGAGCCGGAGCAGCAGCUCAGGUUGUCCCCGUUUCCCCUCCCCCUUCCCUUUUCCGGCUGACUUCCCGGGCCCUGCAUUACACAGUCCCGGUUCUGCCAUGUCCCAGAAACAAGAAGAAGAAAACCCUGCGGAGGAGACCGGCGAGGAGAAGCAGGAUACACAGGAGAAAGAAGGGAUUCUCCCUGAGAAAGCUGAGGAGGCAAAGCUAAAGGCCAAAUAUCCAAGCCUAGGACAAAAGCCUGGAGGCUCCGACUUCCUCAUGAAGAGACUCCAGAAAGGGCAAAAGUACUUUGACUCAGGAGACUACAACAUGGCCAAAGCCAAGAUGAAGAACAAGCAGCUGCCAAGUGCAGGAGCAGACAAGAACCUGGUGACCGGUGACCACAUCCCCACCCCACAGGACCUGCCCCAGAGAAAGUCCUCGCUCGUCACCAGCAAGCUUGCGGGGUAACCUGGGCCCCUCUCUUCCCCUUCCUCACCCACUGGACUGUUAUAUAUUGUAGGCAGGGAAUGGGCACCUAGUCAGAGCUCAGCUUGCCAUCCAGGGGAGACAUUCUGCUGGGGGCUUAGGUUGAAGAUGGGCUCUGAGUUCAUUUCUUUGGGUAAAUUGAAACUUGUACACCCUCAUGAUAGCCCAGUAGAGACCCAAGAGUAGGAAAGACUAGGAGUGCAGAGUGCUGCAGCUUUUCCUGUGGUGAGAAUGUGGAAGAUGCAAGUUCUCCUGUUGGAGGAGCAAGUCCUUAGACGGGCUAUCGUGGAGCAGUGUGACAGGUUCAGUGUCCCAAGGCUGAAUUGACAUGCUGAGAAAGGUAGAGUGAAGGAGAUGCUCUCUGUGCUUCUAAGUGUGCUGUCCCUUAGGCCUCUGUGCUCUGUGUUCCCAUCGUGGGUGUUUAGGGGACCUUCAAAAGAGAGGAGAUUUCUGCUUGCUUAAAAUUACAGGGCCCACCUAACCCCUCUGCUGUGUUCCUCCAACAGCUGCCCUGCUUCUCAAGGAGUGUAAAGUUUAACAGACGUUAGCUACUUAUGAAAAAGAAAAUGGUAUCUUUUCUCUUCCAGCAUGUUGCUUUUUGAAAGUAUUAUGGGAUAAUGGAAAGAGUUUAGGAGUUGAAAUACUUGGGCUGUAGUUUUUGUCAAGCUCAACAGCACUGAUGUGUGAGCUUGGCCAGGUCUGUAGCCUCUCUGAAUUGAUCCUGUUCCUCGUCUGUAAACAGACGGAAACGCGUGUGUAGGCUAACUCUGACUCUAAAGUCCUACACCUGCCAUACCCUUCUGGUCAUCAUAAAACCAAAAUUGAGGCAGGCCCAUGGCUGAACCUCAGCUCUGUAGAGCCAGAAGUGCUACAUGGGACGAGAGAGAGUUUGAGAUUUAAGGGCCAUAGCUUCCAACAACAGUCUCAUAGGUAUCAUAGCCUUUUUGAGAGAGAAAGAGAACAAACCUGAAAAGGCUGUCCCUGGAUGUGUCUUGACUCUGCCCAUUUUCCUGGGUCUGCUGUUGACCCUAGCUGCUACAAAGCUGCUCUGGCAGCAGACUGGAUAGGCCUGAGGAGACAGGCUCAUUGACGUGGCAUCUUGCUUCAGAUGUAUGUUAGGCAUGGAGGAAGAAGGGAUGAAGGGAGCUGGUCCCCAGAGCUUAGAGCUACUGCCAGCUGGAGCAGCUGCUCCUUAGCAGAUGAUUCACUGGUGGAGGAUGGAAAGAGGGUGCAGGGAGGGAGGCAGCAGCCUGUCUUGCUGUGUCAUCACUAGUUUGGCCUGGAUCUUACUAAAUGCCACCUGCUCGUCAUCGACAGAGAGGGCCAGAGUGAGAACUGCUCAAAAGAGCAAGAUGGUGCAGUCUCUCUCCCCUUUCCAGAUUGCACUGUGCCCUUAGGAUGUCUGGCGAGUUUGUGGAUGUGUGUGUUAGGGGAAGGACAUGUAAAUAUGCCCUUCUCCUGAUUGGCCACUGCCCAGGUCUCUGGCCAUCAUUCAGAUUGGGUAGAAAUAGAUUGGUGAGGAAGGAAUGGAGAGAGCAGGACCCCUGGUCUCCCUGGCCCCCAAACUCUUUGACUCUCAUUUGUAAUGUAUAUAAUUUUGUGUUUUUUGCUCCAUUUUCUCAUGCUGUCAUCCUUAAUGAGAAGUCCAUGUGGGAAGGGGACAAACUGAACAUCACUGUAUAGUUUCUUCAAUGUCCCAACCAUGUUUACAUAGAUAUGUCAUGUUAUUAUAUAUAUAAAUAUAUAUAUAAUUUUGUACGUUUU